AUGCUUGGUAGAAUUUCCUCUAUCUCCAUUCUCCUCGCUCUUGCGCCAUUGCACGCGCUGGCUAAAACCUGCUUUGCCCCGGAUGGAUCCAUCGCCGACCACACUUACCAGCCAUGUAUUGCAAUCGUCGGGGUGGAUUCCAUGUGCUGUUCGCUUAACUCAACCCACCCUGACACAUGUCAGCCGAACGGUCUAUGUUUGAGCAAUGAAGAUAGCACAUUCGGUGCGAACUAUUGGCGAAAUUUCUGUACCGACGAGACAUGGGAUAGUCCCAAUUGCUUGAGCAAGACACUCUGCGAUAAGAGCGCUGGAGGAUCCUCAAGCUGGACUGCCCGACUCGUCGCAUGCAGCAGCGGCGCAUUCUGCUGUGGUACAGAUAAAAGCUGCUGUUUAGAAGGCACAACAUUCACGCUCGCGGAUACACUAGUCAACAUUGGAAUUAACACCACUGCGGCUGAUACCGCAAACACAACUGCAAUCGCUACUACGACUACGACUGCGACUGCGACUGCAACUGCAACCGCCACUGUGACUGUGAUAUCAAAAGUCUCAGGAUCCUCCAAUGACCACGGACCAUCAAAUGUGGUCAUUGGGGUCGGGGUCGGGGCUCCGUUGGCAGUUCUUGCUUUUAUAAUGCUUGGAGUAGGCUUCUUUUGGGGGAGGAGAAAAACGCAGGCAAAAUACAAUGUGUCAGGUGGUAAAAAUGGGUAUUUAAAUGCGGAAGAGUAUAUGGGAUCAAGAAUGAAGUACGGAGACUCAAAGCCGCUCUGUGAGGUUUCAGGUCAGCAAUCGCCUCGUGAGUUGCCUGGGAGCAAAGGGCCGUUUCGAUAG